AAUCAUUCUGUAAUUUUGCAGUCAACUCUUAUCUUUCACAUUUACGUCGCAAAUACAAUUUUUAUUUCAAAGAAGUAAGUUACUCCGUAUAUCCUGUCGAUUUACAUCAAUUUAUUAUCAUUUAUAAAUAACCAUAUUAACAAACUACUUAUCAAAUUUUAAUAUGAAUUGCAAUCAUUUUAUCACAUUAUGGGUUUAUUUAUAUUUGUAAAAUUUUACUGGUGACUAAUUUCAUUUUAUAAUUCAAACAAAAAAACCUAUGAUUAAUAAGUAGAAUUUUUUUUUGCAUUUGGUUUGAGAAACAUCUAUCGACAGGUAUACUGGAGUCAUCUUAUGAAAAUUAAAGAUGCAAAUUUGGUUAUCAUUUUAAGUUCUAUAAGUUAAUUUAUUUAACUUUUAUAUCAUGUGAAAAUUAAAAUCAUUUUAUUGUGGAACCUAAUUACUAGUAUAUACCUAAUUUUUUAUAAUUUUGACUCAUCAUUAUUAAUUCAAAAAUGGAAGUCACUGAAACUGAAGCUUUAAAAAGCAUUUUAUACUUACUUAAUGAAACACACUCAAAGCCUGAAGAUCUAUACAACAUAAUGAUUUCAAAUAGAACCAUGGCAAGUUUUCUUGAUUCUGAUGAUGACUUGAUGAACAAUAUGUAUAAUGCUUUAUUUUUGUGCUUUGGCAUAAUUAUAACAGGUUAUUUUUCAGGUCGUCUUGGCCUGGUAAGUCAUGCAGCUGCUAUUGGUUUGAAUCGUUUUGUUGGAACAUUUGCUUUACCAUCUUUAAUUUUUGUUAAUAUGGCUGUGUUAGAUUUAUCAUCUGUAAAUUUAGUGUUUCUUUCAUCACUACUAAUCUCAAAAACAUUUGUUUUUGUAUCAGUUGCUGUAAUAACAGUUUUAGUUACAAAACCACCAGAUAUGGCUAGAGCAGCUUUAUUUGCUAUAUUUUGCACACAAAGUAACGAUUUUGCAAUUGGAGCUCCAAUAUUUGAGGCCCUCUAUAAACAUACACAUAGUGAAUUUGUUAACUACUUAUAUCUUGUUGCCCCUAUUAAUUUGAUUAUUCUCAAUCCAUUUGGUUUUGCCAUGAUGGAGUUGGGUCGAGAGUAUAAUCGUCAUGAAACAACUAAACAUUCAGCUGUGAUGGGCAGAAUUUCAAGAAACAUUAUUUGUAAUCCAGUUGUAUUUAUGACAGCUCUUGGUGUAAUAGCCAGUUUGGUGUAUAAUCAUAAUCCUCCAAAAAUUAUCACCACAUUUUUGGGAACUUUUGGUAAUGCAUUUACUGCAACAGCUCUUUUUUUACUUGGUUUGAAAAUGGUUGGAAAUAUUAAUAAACUAAGAGGAGAAGCUUUAAUAUUGCCAUUACUUUUAAUCGCUGCUAAAUUAUUAGUGCUACCUUUAGUCAUUAGAGAAGUGACAAGUAUAUUAUUGGGGAAUUUUGGCUCUCUUAAUCCUGAUGACAAACUUUCCUUUACAAUGUUCGGGUUUUUGUAUGGAAUGAUACCAUCUGCUCCAGCAGUUUUUGUUUAUGCAUCUUCCUAUAAUUUAGAAAUGGACUUAAUCGCAAGUUCUAUGGUGUUAUGUGUAUGUUUUUCUGCUCCAAUAAUGUUUUUAACUGCUAAAAUUAUUUCUGUCGCUAAAUUAGAUCCAACUAAUAACAUUACUGCUCUUAAAAAUUAUCAGUUUAAUGUCAGUGUAGUAGCAAUUCCAGCAUCUCUUUGGGUUAUAUUAGUGAUGUUAAAAAAGUUAAAAAGUUUUCCAUACAAAGUUGUUUUUUGCUUAGUAAUAUCUCAGGUGAUUUCUUGUACUGGAAUAUUAUUAGAGUACUUAUCUGAAACUCCUCAAAAUCACCCUUUAACGUACAUUCAACUUUUAUUGAGCAUUGCUGGUGAUUUAAGUUGCUACAUUUGGACAGCUUGUUUAGCUUUUACUUUGCUUAUUAUGGAUAAACCCUUUACUGAUUAUUUUAAAAGAAGAAUACUUUACUUUUACAUGAUUAUUUCCUGGGGAAUUCCUAUAUUAUUAGUUAGUGUCUUAAUGUUAACUUGUCAACCACCUAGUUUUAUCAAAACGGAUUUUGAUCAGAAUUACGUUUACGGUGUACCUGAAGCAGUAACAUUAACAACAGUUCUUUUAAUGUCCAUUAUUUGCGUAGUUGUUUGUUUAGUUUUACAUCAACGACAAAAACAUAAAUUAGUAAAACAAGUUAUUUAUUCUAAUUCAAUAAAUAGUGACGUCCAAAGUACUUCUAAAGAAACAUUAGAAUCUCAUCAAAACACAGAAGAUUUUAAAGAAGGUCUUCUCUUUGAAAGACAAAAUUCUUUCAUAGAAAAUGAUGCUAAUAUUCAACACUUUAUAUUGCUUGUUGCUCAGGCAGUUACUAUGUUUGUUACUUUUUCUGUUGCUAUAUGGAGAAUAUUUGGUGAUACAAACGGAUUAUAUCUUGAAUUAGCCUAUAGUGAAAUAUCAUUAUUAAAAGGUCAAUCAAUAUUCACAUUAUUGAUAUAUGGAUUUGAUUAUCAAAUGAUAUGGAGGCCUGUUGCUAGAACGUGGAAUAAAUUCUGGUGGGGUGGAAUUCCAAUUGAGUUACCAUUAUGGGAAGAACUUCCUUAUGAUACAAGAAAAAUUUGUGAUAAUUUUGUUUCCUUACAUAGGGAAAAAUGUUUAGCUGAAAUUUCUCAUCUCACUAGAUGGAAGCUAUGGAAGUAUAAAAAAACAUUUACUGGAGCUGAGCUUAUAACAUGGUUAGUAGAUAACAAUAUAUGUCAAGAUAGAGAUGAUGCAUUAAAUUAUGCUAUAAAACUUUGGAAUGGUCAAGUUUUAAGACACUUGAAUUGUUCAGAAUGCUUUCAAGAUACUAAUAAUAUUUUAUAUACAUUUAAUCGUCGCUAAUCUUUUAAAAUAUUACUAGAUGCUUAACUUUUUCAAUUUUAUGUUAAAAUACUACUCAUGUUAUGUUUAGUAUUGUGAUAAUGAUAAUUGACCAUUAUGAGUGUGAAACUACGUAAUUGUUAGUUUGAAAUUUCCUAUUUUUUUCAAACCAAAAGUUGUGAUAUAUAGUUACUCUUUUAUUUAUAUUACUGUAUAUAACCAAAAGUUGUUAUAUUUAUUAGAUAUUAAAUUAUUUAUAUCAAUUAUAAUGUUCUAUAUUAUACAACAAAAGUUAGUUGUUAUAAAAUUCAA